GUGAAGAAGAGAGUGUGUGUGUGUGUGUGUGUGUGUUUGUGUGUGUGUGUGUGUGUGUGUGUGUCCGAGACAGAAGGCUGGUCGUCUCUGAAAGCUCCUCGGAGUCUCGUGGGCUUUGAGUUAUUUUUACUGCUUUUAAAGUCCAAACUCCUUCAGCCGACCCAAACAAAAAUAACUCACUCUCUUCCUUCUUCUCUCUCCUUCUCUCUCUCCUUCUUCUCUCUCCUCCUUUACUCUCUCCCUCUUUACUCUCUUCUCCUUCACUUUCCUCCUUCACUCUCUCUCCUACUCUCUCCUUUUUUACUCUCCUCCUUUACUCUCUCUUCCUUCACUCUUCUCCUCCUUUACUCUCCUCCUUUACAUUUUCUUCUCUCGCUCUCUCCUCCUCCUUUACUCUCUCCUCCUUUACUCUCUCCUCCUUCUCUCACUCCUCCUUUACUCUCUCCUCCUUCUCUCGCUCCUCCUUUACAUUCUCAUCCCUCACUCUCCUCCUUCACUCUCUCUCAUGCUCUCUCUUCCUUCUUUACACUCUCCUCCUUCACUCUCUCCUCCUUCUCUCUCUCCUCCUUUACAUUCUCAUUCCUCACUCUCCUCCUUUACUCUCCUCCUUCUCUCUCUCCUCCUUUACCCUCUCCUCCUUCUCUCUCCUUCUUUACUCUCUCCUCCUUUACUCUUCUUUUACUCUCUUCCUUCACUCUCUCCUCCUUUACUCUCCUCCUCCAUUAUUCUCUCCUCCUUCACUUUUCCUCCUUUACAUUUUCAUCCCUCACUCUCCUCCUCCUCUGUCCCUCUUUACUCUCCUUUCCUUCACUGUCUCCUCUUUACUCUUCUUUUACUCUCUCCUCUCUAUCUCUCCUUCUUUUACUCUCUCCUCCCUUCCUCUCCUUCUCCUUUACUUUCCACCUCCCUCACUCUCUCCUCCUUCAUCCUGUGUGUAUUUGUGUGUAUUUAUUUGUGAGCAUGUAUUUGCAGUAAACACUUGUUUGGGGGAAUUAGUGUGUAUUCAGAAAGUGUGUGUGUGUGUUUUCAGUGUGUGUGUGUUUUCAGCGUGUGUGUGUUUACAGUGUGUGUGUGUGUGUGUGAUUAAUCCUGCAGUAAUCCUGUGGACUGAUGGAGUAUUAGGGCGGUGCUGUACGGGUGGGUGGAUGUGAGCUGCUCAGGUUCGGACCCGUGCCAAGGUUCGGCUGACCACGUUUGCCAUGGUAUCCAAGGACAGCGUUAUGGCCGGCUCUGGCAGUAAGACCGCCUGUAUAAAGAAGCAGCAGAAGAACCUCAUGAACAGUCUGUCCUCGAAUGAUCAUGCUGAGAAGAGCUCUGAACUUUACAGAGACGCCACAAAAGUGGCCAACAGCCUACCUCUGACCCCCCUGCUCACAGCUCCAGACAAUAACCACCAACCCCUGGAACUCCGGUCCCUCCGCAAUACCCAACACAGCGAGAGUCUGUCUGAAACCGUAUCAGACGCCUCGAUCCCCGCCUCGCUUCUGUCUCGAACCCCGGCUCUGGUAGAGUCUCUGCGGGGUUUAAGCGAGCAGCUGGAUGCCGGCAGUCCCCGCUGCGGCUCAGAGGCGGAGGACAGUCUGCUGGAGGGCGGAGAGACGUCUCUCGAGAAGUCGUCCUCCAUGGGCGUGGUCGACUCCAGCAACAUGGCGUCCUCGGAGGACGUGCGCACGCUGGCCUGCGUGCUGAGGUCAGAGGUCAUACUGAUCGACGAGGACGACGACGACAUGUCCCUGAGAGAGAGGACGGUCACCGACUGCUCCGUCACCGACGGCAACGCCGCCCAGCUCGUCUGCGGCCGCCUCCUGUCCGUCUCAUCAGACUCCUCCCCUUCUGUCUGCGAGAGGCGGAGCCAAAGCUUAGCGGAAACACCUGUACCUGAGCAGGAGGAGGAGCCACCCAGGCGGCCUAAACGCGUGUGCUGUUACUGUACCAUCGUCUGAACUGCAGCUUUCAGAUUAUACAGCUCAGAUUAUACAGCUCAGAUUAUACACAUCACGUCGGGAUUACGCUCAGAAUACUACAGCAAUAACACAGUGUGGAACUGAGUAAACCUGCUGAGGAAUGAAAUGGAAUAAAGUGGAACAGAACGGAGGGAAAUAAAAGUGAGUGGAAAUAUUAGCAUAGGAUAUUAUGAUAUAAUGGUAGUAAAAGACUGGGAAUAGAAUGAAAUUAAAUGGUUGUAAAAACAUAACUAUGGAAUUGAAAAGGCUAGAUGAAAUUUAAUUUAAAGAAGUACACAUUGAACCAAUGCAACAUAGAAUUGAAGUAAAAAUAUAUGAAAUGCAGGAGUGCACCAAAUAUUCGGCAACCAAAAUUAUUCUAGCAAAAAAGCCCUUUGUUUCACGCAGGGUUUUGCCGACCAAAAUAAAACCAAACAAUUAUGUU